AUGCUGAACGGACCCGAUUUCUUAAACCCGCUAACCGAGGUUCUUAUGGCAUUCAGACAAGGGCAACAAAACUCCCCGCACAUUCGUCAUGCGGGCAAUGACAUUUGGAAUUUGCUGCGCGCCUUGUAUUGCUCACUAUGUGCGGGAGCUUUCGAGUCAAUUACAAAGGCUCAUUAUGUGGACGACCUUAUAGACAGCUACACCGACGACUCUGAGGCGAUCGCAGUAACAUCAAAAGUCCGAGACAUUCAUGCUGAGGGAGGAUUCACUAUAAGAAAUUGGAUCUCGAACUCUACCGCUAUCCUCAAACAUUUUGGAGAUUGGCAAAUAGCCGAACAACAUCCCAAAGAACGGUGGCCCGGAGGAAGAUUCGCGAGACUUAAAAGAGACGUCCUAAAUGGAGAAUCCAUACCAACAAACCGAGAAGCCCUACAAGUAUUAAUGUCGAUUUUUGAUCCCUUGGGCCUGUUAUCCUGCUACACGAUCGGCCUUAAAAUGCUUCUGCAAAAAGUAUGGCGAGCAGGCAUAGACUGGGACGAAGAACUGCCCGACGCCCUGCUCACGUCAUGGCAACAAUGGAAAACGGUCCUGCUUCAAGCUACCGAACUGGAAUUUCCUCGCUUCUACUCCACUUUGCUGCCGAAUGCCGACCAGAUUGAUCUACACACGUUUGUAGACGCGAGCGAGUACGCCUACGCAGCAGUCACAUAUCUUCGUAUCAAGCGAGGAGCAGACGUCGACACAGUACUGGUAGCAGCCAAAUGUAAGGUCGCCCCACUAAAACCAGUCUCAAUACCACGCAUGGAACUACUGGCCGCUGUAAUUGGAGUGGGCCUCGCCAAAAAGGCCAUGAAUGUUAGAAGGCUCAACAUCAAUUCAACCAUUGACAAGUCAAGCUCGUUGAUUGCCCUGAACGUUUACCUGGACGAAGACGGCGUACUACGCAUUCAGGGAAGAAACGAUAACAUAAAUCCUGACAACGCCAUCGUUCUGUCAAAGAACUCCCAAAUCGCAUUUUUAAUUACAAAAUAUUACCAUGAAAAAUCACAUCACAUGAUGCACGAGUCAACGAUAAAUCGUAUUCGAAACGACUUCUACGUACUGUAG